UAUUGUGCAGGAGACACCGAUGCGCGUCGGUUUUAGGCCGAAUUUUUAUUCCAAUUUUAAAUUUAAGCGCUUUUGAACGUUUUGUCGUUUACUAGACCGUAAUUAUUAUAGUUUUAGUGCAUUAUUGUGGUGUAUUUUCUUUGUGAAAGUCGUUGAAGAUUGUUUUCUCGUGCGAGUGUGUGAACAAAAUGGCGGCCGACCCGCAUCAAUCGACAUCUGCAAUGAAUUACGCGUUUAUGAGUCCCGAUGUGUACAAUGUGAAGUUCAAAGAAACUAUGCACAUAAUAUCCCGUGUCGUGCAGCAAUGUACCGAGGAACAGUCUAAUACACCACUCCCUUGCAACGAUUAUUUGCAAAGAGCAUCGAAGUAUACAGGUUUUGACACGAAAAUGUUGGCAAAAUAUGCAAACUCCGAUGAUCCGCACGUGAUACUUAAGUAUCAGGAGGCAGACAGGAAUAUUAUAUAUCAGGAACUGUCUAAUUUCUACUUGAAUAAAAAAAUCAUGCCUACAACGAGGCAGUUAUUCGACGCGUUAUAUGAAAAGAUACCUGUGUACAUAGACAUUCGUAACUUCCGCAAGUUGCUUGUAAAAAUGGGGUAUGCGUGGAAAGAGAUAGUGCCUUACGGACUUGUGAUUAUGGAAAAACCAGCUGUCACCUACGAAAGGUAUCACUACUUGAAGAAAAUCAUGGAAUACCGCAAAGAAGAAUUGCCUAUAUUCUUUGUUGAUUUAAGAUGUGAAAAUGGGAAAAAAGCAGGGCCCUUAUAUUUCCUAUAUGCUGUGUCAAAAUGUAGCAUUCAAGCCAUAGACACGUACGAAUUUAAUCAAGAUUUGAAUUUCGAGAAAUGGGUUGAAAAGAGCCUCCUCCCCAUUAUACCACCAAACAGUGUGAUAGUGAUGCAUAACGCGUAUUAUAACAAUGAACAAAUCAGGAAAGUUCCGACUAUUAACAGUUACAAACAAGAUAUGAUAGAAUGGCUUGAAUAUAACAAUAUACCUUGCAGCCGAAGCUUGUCGAAGACAGAACUUUACACUUUGGUUGAAAAAUACACGAAUUGUAAUGAGAAACUGUAUAAAAGCGAUGUUUUAAUUAAGAAUCACGGACAUAAAGUUUUGAGAAUACCGAAAUGCAUAAAGGAAGUAGCCCCGACACGUCUAGUGUCAGAAGCGGUGACAAAAACUGUUCUGACGAAAAAUCCGAAGAUCAUUACGACGCUAUUGCAAGACAUACCAAUGGACUGGCUUAAGAAAUACGACCAAUUUAUAGCGGAGCAGGAAAGGAUAAUAUUUGAGAAUGAUAUGAAGAUUGAUAGUAUUAUUGACGACUUGUGCGAAACGAUGAAACGUUUCAAUACAAAAGCUGAUCCGGACUCUGAUUUGCCUUCUUGUAGCGAUUCUGAAUAAAAAGAAAUAGGGCUAUUUAUUUAAUGCCAUCACUUAAAAUUGUUUCCUAUAAAAUUGAAAUUGAGACAACUUUACGUAAUAACAUAACACAUAACAUAAACCACCGCAAGAUGAAGAUGAUUGUGAUUACG